CUUGGUAAAGAUCCUUCUCCGUACCCCCUAUUCCCAAUACCCGACAUUUCCCACCCCUAUAGUCCACAAGACUAUAAAAGAAAAAAAUUAUUAUUUAGGCUAGUGAUUAAACUGGUAGCUAAUGUCAGCAUUUGGAAUUAUCUCGAU